CAAAGUGACAGAAACAUCAACAGCAGGCCGUGUGAGAUCCUGUCUGGGAAGAGCUUCCGCUGGCAGAAGUGGCGCGACAUCUGCGUUGGGGACAUCGUCCGCCUGCGUAAGGAGAGCUUCGUCCCGGCCGACAUGCUCUUGCUGUGCAGCUCGGAGCCCAGCAGCCUGUGCUACGUGGAGACCGCCGACAUCGAUGGGGAGACAAACCUGAAGUUCAGACAAGCCCUUCUGGUCACCCACCAGGAGCUGGUGAGGGAAGAGAGCAUGGCUGGCUUUGAUGGGAGAGUGACCUGCGAGGAGCCCAACAGCCACAUGCACAGCUUCACGGGCACGCUGGCCUGGAGGGGGGACACCUACCCCCUUGACAGCGAGAGGAUCUUGCUGCGAGGCUGCAGGCUUCGCAACACCGAUGUCUGCUACGGCUUGGUUAUCUACGCAGGAUUUGAUUCCAAAAUUAUGAGGAACUGUGGAAAGAUCAAGCUGAAGAAAACCAAGCUGGACCACAUGAUGGACCGGUUGGUGAUCAUAAUCUUCGUGGUGCUGUUGGUCAUGUCACUGUGCCUCGCCAUUGCCUCUGGGUUCUGGGCCAGGACGUUCCAGGAGAAGCACAGCUACCUCUCUGCUCUUUACAAGCACACAACUCCUGCCCAGCAGGCCUUCUUCAACUUCUGGGGCUUCACGAUCCUCCUGAGCAUCAUCAUACCCAUGUCCAUGUAUAUUAUGCUUGAAUUCAUCUAUCUGGUGAACAGCUUUUUUAUCAACUGGGAUCUGGAGAUGUAUUACGCUGUCAAGGACAUUCCAGCAAAAGCCAGAAGCACCAGCCUCAAUGAUCAGCUUGGCCAGAUUGAAUAUAUCUUCUCGGACAAGACUGGCACCUUGACACAGAACAUUAUGAGCUUCAAGAAAUGCUGUGUCAAUGGGACUGUCUAUGGUAUGGGCCAUGAGGACAGCCAGCCAUCGGGGUCGGGGUUGACCUGGAGCCGCCAUGUGGAGAAGAAGUUGGACUUCUGCGAUGUGACACUGCUGGAAGCCGCCCGGCGGGACCAUGACCCUGGGCUGAGGCUGCUGGCCCUCUGCCACACCGUCAUGGUGGAGGAGAAGGGCGACCAGCUGGUUUACCAGGCAGCUUCACCAGACGAAGAAGCACUGGUGCUGGCAGCCAGGAACUUGGGGUAUGUCUUUCUGGCCCGAACACGAGACACCAUCACCAUCAGUGAGCUGGGGAAGAAGAGGGUGUACGAAGUGCUGGCCAUGCUGGACUUCAACAGCGAUCGCAAGAGGAUGUCUGUCUUAGUGCGAGACCCCGAGGGCACAAUCCGUCUCUACACCAAGGGGGCUGACACAGUCAUCCUGGAGAGACUGCAGAGGCGAGGGCCCAAUGAGACCUUCACUGAGAGGGCACUGGAUCGUUUUGCAGAGGAGACACUGCGGACUUUAUGCCUGGCCAGUAAGGAGGUGAGCGAGGUCGAGUACAGUGACUGGAGCAGGAGGCACCGUGAGGCCAGCAUCCUGCUGCAGGGUCGCGCACAGGAGCUGGACAAGCUGUACGAGGAGAUGGAGCAGAACCUGCAGCUGCUUGGGGCCACAGCCAUUGAGGACAAGUUGCAAGAUGGAGUCCCUGAAACCAUCCAGCUGCUGAAACUGGGCAACAUUAAAGUGUGGGUGCUGACAGGAGACAAACAAGAGACUGCCAUGAACAUUGGCUACGCGUGCAAGCUGCUCACGGACGACAUGGAGAUCCUGGAGGAGAAGGAGAUCAGUGAGAUCCUUGGGGCUCACUGGGUUAGCAACAACAACUCCAGCGGCAGUGGGGAAGCCCAGUCCAGCAGCUGCCUCUCCCAGCAGUGCCCCAGUGCUUCACACCACAAGAAGAGAGCCAUCAUCAUCAGCGGGGACUUCCUGGACAAAAUCCUCCACACGGGAGAGGUGCUGAAGGAGAAGCGGCGGCUGUGGCGGCGGCUGGCUUUCUGCAGGGCUGUGGGCUCAGAGCAACAGGGCAGUCUGGUGGAGAAGGCCUUUGUGGACUUGGCCACCAGCUGCCAGGCGGUGAUCUGCUGCAGGGUGACCCCCAAGCAGAAAGCUCUCAUGGUGCAGCUGGUGAAGAAGCACAAGAAGGCCAUCACUCUGGCCAUCGGGGAUGGGGCCAACGAUGUCAACAUGAUCAAAACCGCUGACAUCGGGGUGGGCAUCAGUGGGCUGGAGGGCGCACAAGCCGUGCAGUGCAGCGACUAUGCCCUGGCCCAGUUCUCCUACCUCCAGCGCCUCCUGCUCGUCCACGGCCGCUGGGCUUACCUUCGCAUCUGCAAGUUCCUCCGCUGCUUCUUCUACAAGACCUUUGCUGGCCUCAUGGCCCAGGUCUGGUUCGCUUUCCACAGUGGAUUCACAGCUCAGUCUCUGUACGAGGGCUGGUUCCUUGCACUCUACAACAUUUUCUACACUGCCUACCCUGUGCUGUCCAUGGGCCUUCUGGAGCAGGACGUGAGUGCCAAGAAGAGCCUGGAGUUUCCUGAGCUCUAUGUGGUUGGGCAGCAGGAUGAGCUCUUCAACUACCGUGUUUUUGGCGUCACCCUCCUGCACGGGGUCAGCACCUCACUCACCAGCUUCUACAUCGCACUCUGGGCCUUCGAGGACCAUGUUGGCAGCAAGGCUGUUGGUGACUACGAGUCCUUUGCUGUCACGGUGGGCACAUCAGCGCUGCUGUCGGUCCUCAUGGAGAUCAUCCUGGACACUAAGUUCUGGACAGUGUUGUCCUUCAUGAUGGUCACUGCCAGCCUGCUGCUCUUCUGCCUCUUCUCCUUCCUGACCCAAAGCAUCGAUGCCUUCAGGAUAGCCCCUGCCAUCUUCUCCUUCCCAGAUGCCAGCCGGAAUGCCCUGACCGACCCCUACAUCUUGCUUGUGGUCCUGCUGUCCCUCGUGGUGAACACUAUCCCCUCACUGACCAUCCACCUGUACCACACCAUGACAGGCAAAACCACCAUCCAGCAGGUGAGCAUCUCCUUGCAGAAGAUCCGUUUAAAGGCCAAGCGGGUGCCGGAGCCC